AUGCCUACCUAUCUCGUCCAUGGUUUUCGUUGGCACCGAACAAAUAUUCGCAUUUAUGUUAUUUUGAAUGAUCUUGAUGACGCAACUUCAGAAUGGGUAAUGGCACCCCCUACCUCGAAUGCCCUUCUCAAUUCCUUUUACACCAAAUUCGAUUUCCUGCCACCAAGCAGUCCGGGCCCAAUUGACCUCUCACCCGAGCCGAGUCCCACAGAAUCCAGUCCUCCGCUCGCAAAAACCCCCCCACGAACCCUUACGAAGAAAGAUAAACGAUCCAUGAUCUCCCUAAAAUCACCAUCUCAUAAACACAAGUCGAGCCCAGCGUUGAGGAAUGCCAAUUCGAACGGACAGAACAAUUUCAUUAAUCCGGAGUCGGAAACUUCACAUGGUAGAUGUCUAUCAUCUGGAGCUACGAAUCAGAAUUCAUAUGCGCUGCAAGGGGUGGAAAAGCCACCGCGAUUUAAUCAAUGGAGUGUGGUGAAGUUGGUCGAACAAUAUGAUCCGGAAGACCUGAAGACACUCAGUCAACCAUGGGCUUAUGUGUCGGACUAUAUGAUUGAAGUUGGAUUGGGUGUUAGUGUAUCCGAAGAGGUAAAGAAAUAUGAAGACAAGAUUCAAGAAGAAGAAGUCAUUCCCUGCGAUGCCGAGAAGUUGGGAAUGAGCGCAAGAGAGAUCAGGAGGAAGAACAAAAGAGCAGGCUGGUUUGAUAAAUUGAGGGAACAGUUGGAGACAAAGGAGCAAAUGGGUUGGUUUGUGGUUGUCUGUGGGGAUGAGGAAAGAUGGGCUCCUCCUAUUGAUCUGUCAGAUGAAAUGCAGAGUGCCGAAACUGAAAUAGAGGAUUCACCGGUAAGAACGCUGAAGAGCAUAGGAUUCAGAGAUUUCUUCAGGAGGAAGACGGUACGACCAGAGACUGGUGGCGCUGGGACUGAAGGCAUGGACAGAAGAGGGUAUAUUCGGGGUGAUGAUAGUACUUAUGGAUCGGUCAUGAAUAAUAAUACCAGAUCGUGA